UAUCCUACAGAGUACAUCAAGACUAGAAAACAGCUCCUAAGUACGCCCGUCUCGACAAUACGCCUCCUCGCCACAGCAGUCAGGGAGUCCGGCCCCGGUAUACUAUACACUGGGGCCAGUGCCUUCUGCGUCUCGAAUGCAGCCAAGUCUAGCGUGCGUUUUCUCACAUUUGACGCAGUAAGAGACAGGUUACCUAGGAAUCCCGAGACUGGGAGGCCUACCAAGGUAUCAAACAUGCUUGCGGGCGUCGCAGCUGGAGUAGCGGAAAGUAUCACGGUUGUGACGCCGGGCGAAAACAUCAAGACCAAAAUUGUCGAAGACAGAGCUGGCGCACGGCAGUACAAAUCAACUUCUCAUGCAAUCCGUACCAUUGUCAACACGGGAGGCGCGCGGGGUCUGUUCCGCGGGGUGCUACCGGUGACAAUGAAGCAAGGAUCAAAUGCCCUGGUGAGGUUCACGUGUUACAACUCGUUCCUAGAUGCAAUCCACCCGGCCAUGAAACAAGUGGACUAUGAGAUGCUCGCUCCAGCGCUGGCGGGCGCAAUGGCAGGAGUCGUGACGGUCUACGCCACGAUGCCAUUCGAUGUCGUCAAGACCAAGAUGCAGAGGUUAGCGACGCCUGGCUCGCAAAGGGGAACAUGGCAAUGCUUCGUGAUGACGGUGCAAGAGUCAGGCCUCGUGGGUCUCUGGAAAGGGACAACGCCCCGCCUUGCCAGGCUUAGCGUUUCGGGGGCUUUGAGCUUCAGCAUUUACCAGGAGGUGGUUGAAAUGAUGCCGAGGAAUGAAUGGACUCGAGAGGAGCGGUUGACGACAUUGUAA